CUACAGUGGCGAGUCUCCGCCCACCCGCGGUCACCUGGGGGGCUGGGGGCGGGGCCGGGCCGGGGCGGGGCUCGGCCGGGAGCGCAGGGGCGGCAGUGCGCGCCUAGCAGUGUCCCAGCCGGGUCCGCGCAGCCAUGGGGCAGAUCGAGUGGGCCAUGUGGGCCAACGAGCAGGCGCUGGCGUCCGGCCUGAUCCUCAUCACUGGAGGCAUUGUGGCCACCGCCGGGCGCUUCACCCAGUGGUACUUUGGAGCCUACUCCAUUGUGGCAGGCGUGUUUGUCUGCCUGCUGGAGUACCCCCGCGGAAAGAGGAAGAAGGGUUCCACCAUGGAGCGCUGUGGGCAGAAGUACAUGACUGCCGUGGUGAAGUUGUUCGGGCCCCUCACCAGGAAUUACUACAUCAGGGCCGUCCUGCACCUCCUGCUGUCGGUGCCUGCCGGCUUCCUGCUGGCCACCAUCCUCGGGACCGCCUGCCUGGCCAUCGCCAGCGGCAUCUACCUGCUGGAGAUGAACAGCACACACUCCCAGGAGUCUGUGUUUUUAGUAAGCCAGUUGAAUCCCUGUUCUUCCCCCUCUCCCCAAACCCCCAUGUGCAGAAAUGCCUUGGGGAGGCUGCUGCCCAGGGUGGCUCAGUGGGUGGCGCCCACCAGACAGGGCAGGGCCUUUGCUCUUCUGGGCCACCCUCCUGCUGGACCUCGGGCCUGCCUCCCUGCCCCCCUGCCCUGGGCGCCUUGGGAGAAUCUGGGGGCUGGAAUCUGCAUCUGGGAGUGGCCACCAGGGGGCUCUUCCAGAAGCCCAGGGGUUCCGCCGCGCUCCUGGCGUGAAGCAAAGCUUGGGCUGAUGUCAGGCCGACCAGGUCCUGGCUGUGUGUCCUCGGGCGCGUCACCUAACCUCUCUGAGCGGCACUCGCACCGGCCGGCCUGGGAUUCAGACUGAAGCCUGUCCGGGACCCCUGGCGGGGUGGGCCUCCAGG